AUGUUCUGUUUUUCAGAUAUAUGUCGGACAAAAUUUACACUGUUUAAGUCAGGCUCUUUCUCAACUGACAACAUCAACCUUGGACCAGAUAACACCUGUGUCUGGUUCUUUCAGGCUCAAUCGUCCCAUAAGGUUAAUAUAAAACUAAUGUAGAAAUUCAAUGUUUCCUGUCACAAUUUGAGUUUUGAUCUCCUAAUCGUGGACAUUCCAAUUAUUAGGCAUUUGGAUAAAAUUUGGGAAAGAUACCUUAUGGAUUGAAUGCCAAAUUGCUUUCUAGUUGUAUUAAACAUUAUAAGAUGGUUGGUGUAUAAAAGGGCUGAUAAUGAAUUAUUAAAAAUCACUUUACCAGAAAAUAUCUUCCUGAAGCAAAUUUAGAAAUGCAUAUUAACAUUCUAGGAUAUCUCUGUUUUGCAUAUAACUAUAGAAAAGAAGCCAUGACAUUGAGAAAAGCAAUUGAUACAGGACAAUGAUUGAUACAGGGAAAGCCUCUUAAAUGGAACACGUUAAUUUAUGUCUGUAUUCUAAUUUGUUCAUUGGUAUUUUCAAAUAGUCUGAAUACGGCAAGAAUUCCAUCUCUGUCAGUGACCAAAAGAUUCCUAUACCAAACAAAAUGUGUUUGUUAGGCACAAACUUUUCUGGAGAAUAAAUGCAAAAUCACUAGUACACUCCAAGCACAAUAACCAUUAAAUCUUGCUAUAAUUAUGAAGAAUUUAAUAAAAUGAUGUAUUAGUUCCCAUGGAUAGCUAGAGUCAACUUAAACCAUCUUUCAUAUUAAUGUAUUUUCAUGCUCAUUGUUCCAUAUACAUUGAUGUAACUGAGCUGUAUAUUCUGUACUCAGGUUUAUCUGGAAUUCAGUGACGUCAAUAUCCCACAAUCUUCUGGGUGCAGUGGAUCUUACUUGAAAAUGUAUGAUGGUGACAAUCGUGACGCAACACCUAUGCAGCACCAGGCCUGUGGGUUUACAAAGAUUCCCCCUCUCAUUUCUUCUAAGAAUAACCUGGUGAUGGUGUUUAUGAGCAAUCAGAAACCUUCUCAAAGCAAAUUUAAAGUUAUCUAUAAAGAAGGUACAUUUUCUUUCCAUCAAUGCAAAAUAUGCUUUUUGAUUGGUUUCUAAUACAAAAACACAACACUGGCCUGUUGGAAAUACAUUAACUCCUUAAGGACAUAGUUUCAAAAGCUUGUCUUACCCAUAAGGACACAAGCCAUUUUUUUUCAUUUUCUGCCGUUUCAUUUGCAUCUCUCUCAUUUAUUGCACCAAAAGAUAUUAUAUACAGUUUUUUAGAGGCUAAAAGGGGCUUUUGUCACGUAUGCAUAGACAAAUUCUCAUUAAUUCGAAACAAAAUGCCAAAAUUUUUUGGCCCACACAGUAUUUUGUUAACCUUAUGUGUGCUAUGGCAGUAUAAUACUUUAUAGGUUGCUCAGCACUGCUGUCGGAAUACCCCCAUAUGUACCUUUGCCAGGUAAAUGUGGAUGUUGAAGGGGCACAUUUGAGAUGCAACCUUUUUUUUGUAAACUUUCACCAUUUUAUAAAGAAUACACUGGGGUAUUUAGAAAAGCAUAUUUUGAACCUUUGCGUGGGAUCAUUUUUUCACUAGUUAUUCAGGUGUAGUGAUAAUGAGUAUUUUUUAUUUAUUUUUUUACUUUUUUUAAAACUUUUUUUAAUGCUUUUAAAAAUUUUAUAAUUUUUUUUACUCUUUCUCCCCCUCCCUCCCUUGUCACUCUUUCUCCCCCUCCCUCCCUUGCCACUCUUUCUCCCCCUCCCUUGUCACUUUCUCCCCCUCAGGCGGCUGCAGCUUUGCCCGGGCGAUCCGUCCAUGAGGGCGGACCGCACCGCCAAGGCGCAGCCUUUCUCCCCCUUCCUCCCUCCUUUGUCACUCUUUCUCCCCCUCCCUCCCUCGUUACUCUCUCCCACUCCCUCCCUUGACACUCUUUCCUCCCCUCCCCCCCAGCUUUGCUGUAGCGUGGCCGAGCCCUGUAUCAUGGUCCGCGGGUACAGGGAGCUUUUGUUUCCUGUACCCGGCCGGACUAAAAGGAAGUGAACACUCAGUGGGCACUUCCUGUUAGUCCGGCCGGGUACAGGAGACAGAUGCUCCCUAUACCCGCGGACCAUGAUACAGGGCUUGGCCACGCUACAGUGAGGGAGUGACAGGAGGGAGCGCUGAGCGCUUCCUUCCUGUCAGCCCCUCUCCUCAGGCUGCGCCUGGGCGGUGCGGUCCGCCCUCAUGGACGCAUCGCCCGGGCAAAGCUGCAGCCGCCUGAGGCUCUCUACAGAGCGCUCGGGCGGCUGCAGCAUGGGGGGGCCGGCGGAGCUGAGGGGGAAUUCCCCAUAACCUGUCCCCCCCGCAUGAUUUUCUGGGGGGGAUGCGUCCCCAAAACAUGCAUUAACGCUAUAAAAAUCCAAAAUUCACACAGAUCCGUUCAGUACUUCGGAAGAUACAGUUUAAUCAGUUUAAUGCAGAUAUACAGGCUAAAUUAAAAACAAUCACUUUAUAAUGUGUCCCCUGCUGUAUAGUCCAAAACCACUGCACGAUGUCUCUGUGCACCAAAUACUGGCGAGAUGGCACCGUGUUGAAAAGUCCAAACAGUGUCUGUGAGUUAAAAUGGCCACCAUCCAUUGUUCUCACCAUGUGCUUCAUCCAUUGUUCUCACCAUGUGCCUCUGAUACAGGAAAUGGUGGCCACCCAGUAACUCCACAGUAUGUCCCCAGAUGGUUCUUGAAGGGCCAGCAGCAGCACAACACAAAUCCAUUAUGCCCAAAUCAUGUCUUCAAAGGGCAAUACAUCCCAGGGGCCAUAGUCACAUGGCAGGAGGCUGGCAAUCAGUCUUCUCCAAUGCCCAGUGGCGAGGUCAGUUUUGCCACAAUUUACAAAGGAAAUUCCAAGGUAUUUCAGAGGCCUUAGAGGUAAGAAAAAGAGCCCAAACUUUACCCUGUGAUGGAUGGUACUUCCACCCCCUAAACUACACCACCUAAGGUAGAUGCACAGAUUUCCAGGAUAGCCUGUGAGACGAUGCUACCACUUGACAACUCUGCUUUUUUAUGCAAGCCCAUGGAUGAAAAGUGGACACACACCUGUCCAAAUUUAGAUGCUUGCUGAUGCAGGAUGGCAUCCAGCUGUAGCUUUCACUGCUGUUUCUAGAACCAUGAACAGUCUGUUUAAAGAUCUGAAGGCUACUAUGGAGAGAUAUUAAGAGCCAAGAUUGAAGAUGCUGUCUGAAGUCUUCAGGUUACAACAGACUGUAACGUCACCCCGGGAAUAGAAGGGGUUAAUGCCGCCAAAGCUUUUCUUUUUCCCGAAUGCAAAGUCAACUACUGAACACUCCUAAGCGCCGAACAGGAACCAUACAAAUUAUCCCCCAAAUAUGAGACAAGGCUCUGUAUUGAGGGUCACUGUUUAAUGGUGGCUACAUGUCAGCCUUUUAUUCAGGUCUUUCAGCAAGGGACACUCCCAUAGGGACCUUGUGGAAGACUGAGACAGUUUUUACAAUAGCCAAUAACAUGCAGUUACAGGAUGCAAACACUCCCACACAAACAGUACAACUCCUCCUCUCUAUUCUGGAGAUAAAUGGGUUAAGUGCUUGAAGUAACUCAAUUACCUCCAGGCAUAGAGAAAAUUACCAUUUUACAGUAAUGGUAAAAACACAUUAAAAUACAUAUUUUCCAAUAUACCAAACGGAACCCCCACAUGAGCACUCAAUAUAACCGAACAGCGCUCAGAUCCCAUACAUAUAGUUCAAUCGCUAUGGAGUUAAUGUUUAUACAUUGGGUGUUCGACAAAACAAAUUAGCUCCAUUGGUUUACUAUCUGGUACAGUUCCGAGGGUUUACCGACGAACACCGCUGGGCAUUUGACUGUCCAAGAUGGCCGCCGCCAUGUGUUCAUUCAUACGAAUGACGACCACCCAGCCGACCGUUCGGGAGUUGGAAGUGUCUGCGGUUAACCACAAUGUUAAUGAGGGCAGAAAGGUUAACGAGCAGCACACUUCCCUGCUGGCUGGCCUGCCCAGUGGUGGAUCCGGGGGGGGGCAACGGAGCAAUUGGCCCUCCCCCUCACACACUUAUACUGCCACUCAUACACACACUGCCCUCCAUACACGCAUACAUUGCCCCCCAUACACACACACUGCCUCCAGACACACAUACACUGCCUCCAGACACACAUACAUUGCCCCCCAGACACACAUACACUGCCCCAUACACACACACACACUGCCCCCAUACAAACACACUGCCCCCAUACACACACACUGCUCCCCAUACACACACACACUGCCCCCAUACACACACACCCGACGGCACACAUACACUGCCCCCCAUAUACACACACACUGCCCUAGGCACACAUACACUGCCCCACACACACAUACACUGCCCCCAUACACACAUACACUGCCCCCAUACACACAUACACACACUGCCCCACAUACACACUCUGCCCCACAUAAACACACACUGCCCCCACACACACAUACAUACACUGCCCCAUACACAUACACUGCCCCCAUACACACAUUGCCCUACACAUACACUGCAAUUGUCACACACACAUACUGACCCACACAUACACAGCCCCCAACACACAUUGCAUCCCUGACAUACACUGCCACCCUCACUCACACACUGCAACCUUCACACACACACACUGCUCACACACUGUCCCCCUCACACACACACACACACACUGCACCCCUCACACAUUGCACCACUCACACACACCACUGCUCCUAUGCCUCUGACAGCCCCAUUUCCCAGCAGACCUCAGGUUAGUUGUCAAACUGUUCUUAAAUGGUUUGACUACUUACUCUGGGAGAGGGUCCCGGCACUAUUGGCACCAUAACCACUACACUGAGCUGUAGUGGUUAUUGUGUCUGGAUUAUUUAUUUAAAUAGUCUACAAGUGCCCCUUCCCGAGGUCAGGCUCUGGAUCCGCCACUGGGCUUGCCAUUCGGUAGUUUGUUCAUCUUUUGAUGAAUGCAAGCAGGAAACAUACGAACAACCGGCAACUGCCAAACAAACAGAUUAAUUAGGUUUUAACCCCUUUAGACCGGAGGGCGUACUAUUAUGCCCUCUAAUAGGCGGCUCUAAACGCCGCCGGGCGUAAUAGUACGCCCUCCGGUCUUUCUGUACUUACCCGGUCGCCGGCGGUCCCACGCCGGCGAUCACGGUGGGGGGGACUCCCAGGGAGCCCCCCGCGGCACGUCCGUCUUCCAGGAAGCCCCCCGGCCGUGUGAGAGUGGGGUCCUAGCGAGGACCCCACAAUCACAUGGCCGGGUAUAGCUGGCUUCUGUAUUGCCAGCAGGGGGGCUGCCUGUAAUUACAGGUGGUCCCCCUGCUGGCUGAAAAUAAAAUAAAAAUAAGUUAAUGGUGUAAAAAAAAAUAAUUAUAUAUACUUAGAUCAUAUAUAUAUAUUAUAUAUAUAUGAUCUAAGUAUAUAUAUACACAUAUACAUACACACACAUACACCGUCUAGGUGUAUUUUACUAUUAAUAUAUAUAUAAUUAUAUAUAUAUAUUAAUAUCAAAUUACACGUAGACUGAUACUGAUUAAAUAUAUAUAUAUAUAAUUAUUGUUAUGUAUAUAUUUACAUAUAUUAUAUAAAAAAAAUAAAAAUGUAAAUGCGUUAAAAAAUAAAAUUAAAAAAAUAAUUAAAAAUAAAUAAUUAAAAAAUAUUUAGAUGUGUGUUAUUUCAUUCUAACUUAUUGUGAAAUUAAUAUAUAUAUAUAUAUAUAUAUAUAUCAAAAUACACGUAGAACGAAAUAAUAUAUAUAUCUACAUACAUAAAUAUAUACGUAUAUAUCACUAUAUAUAUACCUAUAUAUAAAUAAAAAUAUUUUUUUAAAAUUAUAUAGAUAUACACAUAUAGAUUCACAUACGUAUAUAUAUAUACAUAUUAAUUCUACAUAUAUAUUUAUGUAAUAUUUUUACAUAAUUAGGUAUCUUAAUUAAUUACAAUUAGCGGGACCUGCCUGACAACCCAUGCCGAAAGUAAAGGGAAUUUUAUUUGCUAGCACUAUAUUUAACCCUAUAAUUUUCCAAGACACCAUAAAACCUGUACAUGGGGGGUACUGUUCUACUCGGGAGACUUCGCUGAACACAAAUAUUAGUGUUUCAAAACAGUAAAAUGUAUUACAACGAUGAUAUCGCCAGUAAAAAUGACGUUUUUUGCAUUUUUCACGCACAAACAGCAUUACACGGACAAUAUUGUUGCUGUGAUACUUUUUACUGUUUUGAAACACAAAUAUUUGUGUUCAGCGAAGUCUCCCGAGUACAACAGUACCCCUCAUGUACAGAUUUUAUGGUGUUUUCAAAACUUACAGCGUCAAAUAUAAGGCUUGCGUUUCAUUUUUUUCACAUAAAAAUUCGCCAGAUUGGUUACAUUGCCUUUGAGACCCUUUGAAAAUGACCCCUAUGAUGGCAUACCAUUUGCAAUAGUAGACAACCCAAGGUAUUGCAAACAGGGUAUGUCCAGUCUUUUUUAGUAGCCACUUAGUCACAAACACUGGCCAAAAUUGGCGUUUUUUGCAUUUUUCACACACAAACAAAUACUAACGCUAACUUUGGCUAGUGUUUGUGACCAAAUGGCUACUAAAAAAGACUGGACAUACCCCAUUUGCAAUACCUUGGGUUGUCUACUAUUGCAAAUGAUAUGCCAUUAUGGGUGUAAAUUUCAUUCCUGGGCUACUAUAAAGUCCCAAAGGCAACGUAACCAAUCUGGUGAAUUUCAAUUUCAAAUGUAACGUGCUAUAUUUGACCCUGUAACUUCCCAAAACGCCAUAAAACCUGUACAUAGGGGGUACUGUCUUACACGUGAGACUUUACUGAAUACAAAUAUGUGUAUUAUAUUGCAGUAAAAGCAAACAGUAUUAUGACACUGACCGUUAAAAUGUCAUGUAGAACUAAAAAAAAAAAAAAAAAUCGUAUUUUCUCCCAUUUUUUUCAUAUUAAAUUAUGUUUCAUAGCUAAAUAUUUGAUAUUAAAUGAAAGCCCUGUUUCCCCUGAAUAAAAUGAUAUAUAAUAAGGGUGGGUGCAUUUACUAUGAAAGAGGUGUAUUACGGCUGGACAGACAUGUAGCGCAAAUGCCAGGUUUUGUUUACAUUUUGUUUUGUUAACAACGUGUACAUUUGGCUUGUGUAUUAUAUAUAUAUAUAUAUAUAUAUAUAUAUAUACAUAUAUACAUACAUAUGUGUAUAUAUACAUAUAUAUAUAUAAUUUUUUUAAAUAUUUUUAUUUAUAUAUAGGUGUAUCUAUAUAGUGAUAUAUACGUAUAUAUUUAUGUAUAUAGAUAUAUAUAUUAUUUCGUUCUAUGUGUAUUUUGAUAUAAAUAUAUAUAUAUUAAUAUCACAAUACAGUUAGAACGAAAUAACAAACAUCUAUAUAUUUUUUAAUUAUUUAUUUUGAAUUAUUUUUUUUAUUUUUUUUUUACGUAUUUACAUUUUUUUAUAUUAUAUAUAAAUAUAUAUAUAUAUAUAUAUCAAUAAUUAUAUAUAUAUAUAUAUAUAUAUAUAUAUAAUUAGUAUCAGUCUACGUGUAAUUCAAUAGUAAUAUAUAUAUAUAUAUAUAUAUAUAUAUAUAUAUAUAUAUAUAUAUAUAUAUAUAUAUAUAUAUAUAUAUAUAUAUAUAUAUAUAUAUAUAAAUAAUUAUAUAAAUAAUUAUAUAUAUAAUUAUUUAAAUACACUAUAUUUUAUUUGUAACUGUAAUUUUUUUUUUUAACUAAUAUUUUUUUUUUUUUUACAGGAGAGGGGGCAGAGACAGUGUCAGCCAGUGAUUUUACAUCACUGGCUGACACACAGGAUCAGUGAUCACAGUGACUGCCUGUCACUGUGAUCACCUCCUGCAGAUUGGGUAAUUGGCCACAGGGGGGAGUGCCUGGGUGGUACAAGCACUCCCCCCUUCCAAUCUGCAGGGGGAUCUUUGUGCCAGUUACAUGUGUCAGCUAAUAGGCUGACACAUGUAACACUGAUCGCAGUGACAGGCUGUCACUGCGAUCAGAGUGCUCUGAGAUCGCAGUGACAGCCUGUCACUGCGAUCUCAGACAGUGCAGAUCGCGGUCACUGACCCCAGGGGGACUGCCUGGGGGGCCAGGUAAGUCCCCCGACCGCGAUCUGCACGGGGUAGCCGCUGGCCACGUGUGUCAGCCGAUUUGAAAUCGGCUGACACACGUUAAAAACUGAUCGCAGUGACAGCCUGUCACUGCGAUCAGUGACUGCAGAUCGCGGUCACCGGCCACAGGGGGGGUUGCCUGCGGGGCCGGGCAUCCCCCCCGACCGCGAUCUGCAGCGGGCGACUAGCGCCGGCCACAUGGGCGGCCAUUAUAGCGAGGGCGUACUAUUACGCCCGCCGGCGUUUAGAGCCGACUCCUGCAGGGCGUAAUAGUACGCCCUCCGGAUUUAAGGGGUUAAGGGGUUGAAUAAUAACCCAAAGGCAGAGAGGUCUGCCACACUGACUUCUUCACAGAAGCAUCUCUAGAUGUAACUAGGAUGUUAUCUCGAACAAAAUGGCUUUUUCUAUAGCAGCUAGGAAAGCAUUAUGGUUCUGUUUCUGGGAUGAUGACUCACAGUGUGAUAGUAACAGAACUUUUUGCUCACUAAUAGAUACUUAUGUAUAUAUUUCUGGGAAUUCCAGAUACUUUUUCUGCACUGACACUUUUUAAAGAGAUUGUUUGCGCAAAUACAUCUUUUAUUUUAUUAAACUUUUUGGGGAUUUAUUAUAUCAGAGGUCCUUUUAGGUUGCUGCAUCUAUAUACAAUUGUUCUGAAUUUGCCUUUGUAACAACUGAUUUUAUAAUUAUUUGCAACAUUCUAAUAGGUUGGUUUUUAUGGUAUGGGCAGGCGCAUGUUAUGGACAACGAACACAGGUGCAUUUUAUUGAUGGCAUUUUGAAUGCACAGAGAUAACGUAACAAAAUUCUUUCCCUCCCUUGGUUAUUGCUUGGGUAUUACCCAUUGUUGUGCUUCCAUGGAUAUAACCAUGAAAAAGGAAAAUGUAUUCCUAUUUACCAUAAUUUUCUUUUACUGGUAAUAGGCCAUGGCAGCACAAAUAUCCCACCCUGGAAACAAUACUGAGGGUGGGAGGGGUAGGAGGGGUUACAUAUACCUUCUAUUUUAAUUAGGUUCAUGUCUAAUUAGGGAUAGGAAGGAGCUACCCAUAGUUAUGCUGCCAUGGCCUAUAACCAGGAAAAUAAUACAUUUCCCUAUAUUUAUAUAUAUAUAUAUAUAUAUAUAUAUAUAUAUAUAUAUAUAUAUAUAUAUAUAUAUAUAUAUAUAUAUAUAUAUAUAUAUACACACACACACAACACACAAAAUUCAGUGCACUCGCUCAUUCAUUAAACAGUGAUCUUAAGUUUCACAGAAUUUAAUAGUUUUAUUUAAAAACACCUCACCUAGGCAAAAACAAUGGGGGUUUAGUUAUAUUACAUAAGCCUGCCACAACGUCAAUGUUAUUUUAUAUCUACUUAAAUUUGGGAUUGUGGGGGUAGAGCCCUAUGUAAGUGAGCACCCUAUAUCCUAUUUUCAAAGAGCUCCAUUUAGGGGCUAGUUUAUGUCUCAUAUUGGGUGUGCCUACCUUGUUUUAUCUUUUACUACAACGUCAAUGUACCCCAUUCUUGGCAGGUCCUACUCUAGCAGCCUAAUGCCAAGAUCCUAUUUAGCCUUGACCUGCAGAGAUUCACACGAGGACGUAUUUCCCAAGUAAGUGGAUUAAUCUCAUAAAAGCAGGCAUUAGGCUGCUAGAGUAGGACCUGCUAAGAAUGGGGUACAUUGACAUUGUGGAAGGCUUAUGCAAUAUAUGAUCAUAUAAUGUAACUAAACCCCCAUUAUUUUUUGCCUAUUAUUAUUAUUGCCAUUUAUAUAGCGCCAACAGAUUCCGUAGCGCUUAGAUGAGGUGUUUUUAAAUAAUACUAUUACAUGCUGUGAAACUUGAGUUAGUGAAUGAGCGAGUGCACUGGAUUUUUUUGUGUUGCGUGGAUUGACCCCAGCGGCACCCUAUAAUGUAUGCAUGUUCAGGUGAGUGCAGCCCUCUUGAUUUCAUUAACACACAUAUAUAUAUAUAUAUAUAUAUAUAUAUAUAUAUGUGUGUGUGUGUGUGUAUGUGAAUGAAACCAAGAUGGCUGCACUCACUUGAACAUGCAUACUAUAUAUAUAUAUAUAUAUAUAUAUAUAUAUAUAUUUGUGUUCGGGGCAAAUAGCCGUAUAUGGAAUAAGGUUCCAGCAUAAGCGUAGGAUAGUAUAAAGGGAGCAAGUCGGUUGUGGGGUGCCGAGACCGACGAUACGGUAGGCCUGUAAAUAAAGAGGGCCCACCAAGGAGUAAGUAAAGUAAAUGGAAAGAAAAGAGAAAGUGUUGAAAUGAGGAGUGGGUGGGAGGGUCAUUCUGAUGCUGACCUCAAGCGAUAUGAGUCAGGUAAGGGGUGUCCCUUAUAUAGGGGAGUGAAUUAAUUUAAGCCCCUCCCACAAAUACAGGCCAAAUGGCCUUAAAACUUGUGUUCGGGGCAAAUAGCCGUAUAUGGAAUAAGGUUCCAGCAUAAGCGUAGGAUAGUAUAAAGGGAGCAAGUCGGUUGUGGUGUGCCGAGACCGACGAUACGGUAGGCCUGUAAAUAAAGAGGGCAAAAAGAAUAAUCAAAGAUUUAAUACAGUCAACAAUAUAUACAAAUUAACCAGACAUUUCCUUAAAUGCAUUACGGUAUUUAAUUCCUUGAAGGAUUUUUGAAGGUAGGAAUCUAGGACCGCAACUGGACACCAUUUGUUGUGUGUAGGAUAGUAUGUUAUCUCUACUGUUGGUGCGUGUUGACUCGUUUCAGAAUGUGGUAGAGCCAAUAGGUAAUGAUAUAUGUGUUUACAUACGUGGGAUCGUUGAAGACAAUGAUCUGUCUGAGUGGUGGUUAUGGUAGUGGAUUCUCUGGCCUGAGAAAGGCAUAAAAGGCAGUGUGCAUGGCUGGUAAUGUCCAACUUGGUAGUAUAAUUGAAUGGUUGUAGCUCUAAUAGGUCCGAUAAGGAUGGAAAAGUUGGAUGGCUAUUGGUAAUAUCUGAGAGGAACAUGGGGGGAUGGAUUCCUGAAAACCUCUGAGUAUAUUCUUGUCUGGUAUGAUAGCAUGAAGUUAUGGUAGUUUGGCCAUAGGUUAUCCUGUGUUGUUGAAUGCCUGUAAAAUAUAUAAUUAAUGGUGUGUGAGAUGGUUUUAGUUUAAGGUGGCAAAAAAUGAAGCAAAACCUAGGAGAAAUGUUAUGACACAGGUUGAGCUAUGUCGUGUUCCAAUGAGAUUCUUUAAAGCCAGGUGAAUAGGUGUUAUGCGUUCUACAAGUAUGGGAUGAAAGUGUUAGGUGGGAUAGUGCAUGCUAUGCUGCAUGAGUAUGUCUAAUCCAUGAUUUUGUCUCUGGAACGAAAGAGUGGCCGUGACUGUAUGGGCGGCUGUAGGAAGCGUAUAAUGAACGUGCCUGGAAUAUAAAUGAGACAAUUGUCGGCAAGGAUGUAUACCCCCGCCUGGUACAUGAAAGUAAAAGAAAUGUGGUAAGUGGCCAACCAAGUGAGUUCCCCAGCAAUACCAUGAUCGUAUGGAUGAUGAGUGGCAUUUGUUGAUGAUAUGACAUGUGCUUAGUUGUCUGAGUAACAACGGAUUGAUGACCCUGACCAUGAUUUACCCCAUGCCACAGCAGCUGCUUUUAGCGGGGAAAGGAUUGCCCAUUUUAUGCCAUGUAAGUGCCAGUUUGUAGGGUAGAUGGUAGCCGUUUACUGUGUUGAUGAUAUUGGUCUUACUUAACGAAGCUUCAACCCAUGCUUGAGUGAUAGCUGUAAAGGUAGAUCAAUGGUGUGUAUAGUAAGGAAACUCCUCGGAGGAUAUGAGGGAGUUGAGACUUGGGGUAGCGAAGGUGUGUGGUCCCAAUAAGUCUAUGGUUAGUCUUUGUUUAAGGGAAGAUUCCCUUGUGACAAUACCAAUGCGUUUGUGUUUGGUGCCAUGCUGUAAAUGGUGGAGAUUGGAAACCCAAGUAAAAACCCCUCUGCAAAUCUUGGCUAUGAGUGUGUUUACAGCCGACGGUUCUGUUGUGCUGACUAAGUGAGGGCAUGCUAUAUUCCUUGAGAGUUUAUUUAUGAUACCUGUAUGGGAGCCCUUUGAAGCUCCAGAGCCUGAGUAAAUCUACUACAAGUCUGGAAGGGUGAUGAGUCAGUAGUGUUGAAAAUGCAUUGGUGUGUACGUUAUUUGUAAGUUGUAUUGGGACACAUGGUUUGUCAUGUGCCCUGAAUGAUUUGAACAUAUAUGCAACAGUCUAUAUGCAAUGCAACUACUAAUACCAAUUGUCUCUGGUAGUUCAGAGGUGCUGGUACCUGGAGCCUGAGAGUACUUGCUCGUUUGUUUGGGAGAAAAUCCCUUCUGUAUGGGUACCUGCACAAAUAAGCAUCUCUACAUAUUCCAAAUGCCAACACAACCAAGGGAUGGUCAGUUCCCGUUUUACCUAGAAUCCCUGGGUCUGACCAUCAUAGAUACAUCAUCAUACAUAUAUAUGCCUUGUGUUCCCAAUGUGCCGGGAUCAUAUGUGCAGGGUUAACAUCUUGUACCAAGUAACCGAGUUUCGGUUGGUGCUGGUUGUACAGUAGCGUGAGGCCCAGCCUUGUGAGGGCUGUGACUGACUCGAGAUUGCCAGUCUGUCGUAAAUUUCUUGGCUCAUGAUUUUAUGAGUGAGGCUAGCAUGGCCUGGGUGUCACCUGAGUUGGUGUUGCUGGGCCUCCGUUGAUGUAUGGAGGAGUUUGAAUAACUCUGCUUUCCUUGCUGUGGCAGGGUAGGGGAUUUGUCGCCUCCUUAGGUCGGAGCCACAUCUCCUCUGCUUGAAGGUGUAUCACUUCUAGCCAGGGUGCCAGGAAGUGAAGUUCUUCACCAUCUUUUUGAGAAAUACUUAAAUAACAAUAAAGAUUGCAAUUAUUAUUUGUACCCAGGGGUCUUGUACUGGCUUGCUAGCUAAGCCGUAAGGCGAAACGAUUAGGCUUGGUGUUUUUUGGUGACUGGUGAGGCCCUGCUAGUUGCCAAGUGGCUUGAGAGGCUCUAUCUAUGCUUGGCGCGAGGGGAUUUUUUUGUGGCCACCGAACAUUGUGGCAGGAUGUUGGCCUCUCGGUGACAGUAACCAGAAAAUAGGAAGGGGAGUGACAGGUGAGGCCCUCUCUAUGAUACAAUGUGAGGCGGCUAGCUCACGAGUGGCCCGAGGGGUGUAUGCCUCCGAGUGUAAGGCGGGGUGUUGGCCUCGCGGGACCACUAACCGAAGCGUAAAGCAGAGAAAACAGGGGGUAAUACCUAUUGGGCCAUAGAACCCUAAUUGCCAGUACAUUACUACUAUUCCAGGGAAGGUAAGAGAUGAAGGUGUAUCACUUCUAGCCGUGGUGCUAGGAAGAGGUGAUUUUUUACCAUCUUUUUGAGAAAUACUUAAAUAACAAUAAAGAUUGCAAUUAUAUAUUUGUACCCAGGGGUCUUGUACCGGCUGGCUAGCUAAGCCGUAAGGCGAAACGAUUAGGCUUGGUGUUUUUUUGGUGACUGGUGAGGCCCUGCUAGUUGCCAAGUGGCUUGAGAGGCUCUAUCUAUGCUUGGCGCGAGGGGAUUUUGUGUGGCCACCGAACGUUGUGGCAGGAUGUUGGCCUCUUGGUGACAGUAACCAGAAAAAAUAGGAAGGGGAGUGACAGGUGAGGCCCUCUCUAUGAUACAAUGCGAGGCGGCUAGCUCACGAGUGGCCCGAGGGGUGUAUGCCUCCGAGUGUGAGGCGGGGUGUUGGCCUCGCGGGACCACUAACCGAAGCAUAAUGCAGAGAAAAAAGGGGGUAAUACCUAUUGGGCCCUAGAACCCUAAUUGCCGGUACACUAUUACUAUUCCAGGGAAGGUAAGAGAUGGAUAACUACGUGAGCAGGUGUACGUACCUGGUAGUAUGGUAUUGAACCUGACAAUCCGUAUAGGUUUUUUAGUAGUAACUGUAACCUGAAUGGAUAAAAUCGUAUGGCAUAAGGAAAUAUGGCAUAGUCCAAGCUUAUCUUAAAACAUACAGUAUAUGUGAAAGUAAAGUGCCGUGAUAUAUAAAUAUUAAACAUCAUAUCCAUACUGGUUAAAUAUGUAUCAAUCUUAACACAUUAAGUGCCGUAUGUAUGUGAACCAUAUUACCAGUUACGUAUAUACAGAUGCGUGUGCUACUGUGUAAUAAUAUGUGUAUUUAUAACAGAUAUUGAUAUACUGCUUGCUAUGUGAAUUGUUGUAUGCCUUAUUGAAUGGCAAGUGAACAUGGAGUUGCAAAAUGCAAGUGCACUGGAGAUCUGCUGAGUGCCCUAUAGGUGGCAGUGUAGUUGAUACUGAUUGGUAUGUGAAAUGUUGUUUGUCUGUUGACCUAUAGGGGUCAGUGUUUUGGUGUUUGUAAAACCCCAUGAAAAUUGUCAAUGUACUUGACAGACCUGUAGGUGGCAGUGUUGAUAGAACCACUGUUAGUCUUAAUGUGAAAUGUAAACUAUUGUGAAUUAAACCUGAAGUUGAGCCCGUGUUGGAGUUUAAUUCAUAGUUUAUGGUUAUGUUUAAAACAAAUCUUAUGUGUAAUUUAUAUUGGCUAGUAAUUGUAUAUGACAUGUGAAGACAGUUUUGCUGUUGACCAGUUGGGGUCAGAAAUGCUGAUUGUAUGUUAAAAUACCCUUUAACCCCUGAAGGAUACAUGACGUGUGACAUAUCAUGAUUCCCUUUUAUUCCAGAGUUUGGUCCUUAAGGGGUUAAUCCAAAUGCAAGGUUAACGUGAGAUUUUGAGAGUGACCUGUAGGGGUCAGUGUGGUUUAUGUGAAACAUUGUUUGUGAGCUAUGCCCCAGCAUUAUAGUUGUGUGACAGGGAAACAAACAGUGCCCGUUUGACAAUAUACAAUAAGUGAACAUAAUAGCCAACAGUCAUUGUAACAAACCAAAGUUCUGUUCAUGGGUUGUAAACGCACGAAGCGUGUGUGUAGUACAACAGUAAAUGCAUGAACUAGUACCCGUUUGGUAGAAAAUUGCACGAACCGUGAGCCUGGUAUGUCAGGGAAACAAAACGAAACGAGCAGUGAGAUUCGAAAUGCACGCACAGAAUUGCCUAGUAUGUUUAGGCAAUUGAAACAGAAUGUGUUCCCGUUUGGGAGUAUGCUAAUGCUUGAAAUGAGCCAGUGACAGAUAUAAACAAGUGAAUUUAAACGAAUGAUAUGCAUGAACAUCCAAUGGUUUUAGGACAGAUUUAGACAAAAUGCAGCCGUAAAGUGAGGACCUGACCCGUGCAUGGUGCCGUGGGACUGAUGCCUGGCGUAACGGGUAGGUCGACUUACGGUUUGUGAGUCACUUGGACACCAUCCACAGCGAUAGAUUGAAGAAAGAAGGUGGUAGGCCGGAAAAGCCUGUGGCUGAAUUCCUGACACAGCUCAGCUUAGAAAACCUCAUGGUGUAAUCAGGUAAAAUGGCGUCUGGAUGACCCGGAAGUGGAAAUCAUUCUGAUGCUGACCUCAAGCGAUAUGAGUCAGGUAAGGGGUGUCCCUUAUAUAGGGGAGUGAAUUAAUUUAAGCCCCUCCCACAAAUACAGGCCAAAUGGCCUUAAAACAUAUGAAACCAGGAGGGCUGCACUCAGCUGAACAUGGAUACAUUAUUUGUAUUUGUUUAAUAAUAUUUAUUUUUUUCAUUUCCCACCAGCAGCGGGACGGUCUGACAGUCCAGGCAGUCCGCCUGCCUGCAGAUCCACAGGCAGCUAUAUUCUUUGAGAGCAAUCACAUGGUCCCGGGGCCUGAUGUGCCAUGGGAGGGCUGCCUGGGAAGGAUAGUAUGCCCAGCACUCUGGGGCUUAAAGCUUUAAAGUGGGACGGAAUAGAAGGCCGUAACGGCUUUAAGGACUUAACUUCUAAUUCCAUGGAGUUAAUUUGAAGCCACUACAAGCUAACUCCUGUUGUAAUCUGCACCUUACAGCAAAUAUUUAUUGAUAAAGACCUUGAGUUAAUAUUGUUGGUUAAGCUUUUCAAUUUUCAAUUAAAAUAUUUUUUUAAACACUUUUCAAAUUAUUUUUUCUAAAUAUUAACUAGAGUUGAGCGGACACCUAGAUGUUCGGGUUCGCCGAGUUUGGCUCGUUGUCCUUGUAACGGGGAUCCAGCAGAGUGGCCACCCAGUAAACAGCACAAGUUAGAAUGUGGGCAACUCGACAGUCGUUGCGCAGGUACUGCAGCAUGUAGUCGCUCAUGUGUGCCAGGCUGCCCAGAGGCAAUGACAAGCUGUCCUCUGUGGGAGGUGUAUCGGCUGUGUCCUCCAUAUCCCCCCAGCCAAGCUCCAGUGAUGACCAUGAGAUGCGUUGGGUGCCACCCUGCUGUGAACACAGUUCCUCCUCCUCAUCCUCAUCCUCCUCAUCCUCCAGAACUGUGCCCUGGCUGGACAAUUGUGUACCUGGCCUAUGCUGGUGGAGGAACCCACCCUCCAAGCCACCUGUGAAUGACUGGCCUGAUAACCAUGGAAAUGACUCCUCUUCCUCCUGUGCCACAUCCUCUUCCAUCAUCGCCUGAAGUGUUUUUUCAAGGAGACAUAGAAGUGGGAUAGUAAGGCUGAGAACGGCAUCAUCGGCACUGGCCAUGUUGGUGGAGUUCUCGAAACAGUGCAACAUGGCACACAGGUCUCGCAUGGAUGCCUACUCAUUGGUGGUGAAGUGGUGCUGUUCUGCAGAGCGACUGCCUCGUGCGUGCUGCAGCUGAAACUCCACUAUCGCCUGCUGCUGCUCGCACAGCCUCUCCAGCAUGUGCAAGGUGGAGUUCCGUCGGGCACGUCGCAUAUGAGGCAGUGAGCGGGAAGGCUGAAGUUGCGCUGCAGUGCAGACAGGCGAGCAGCAGCAAGGUGGGAACGCCAAAAGCACGUACAGACGACACGCACUUUCUGCAGCAGCUCUGAUAUAUCUGGGUAGUUUUUCAGGAAUUUCUGCACCACCAAAUUCAGCACACACGCCAAGCAAGGGAGGUGUGUCAAACCGGCUAAGCCCAGAGCUGCUACGAGAUUUCGCCUAUUAUCGCACACCACCAGGCCGAGCUUGAGACUCAGUGGCAACAACCACUCAUCGGUCUGUUGUUCCAUGCCUGUCCACAGCUCCUGCAUGGUGUGGGGUUUUUCCCCCAAACAUAUGAGUUUUAAAACAGCCUGCUGUCGUUUCCCCCUGGCUGUGCUGAAGUUGGUGGUGAAGGUGUUACACUGACCGGAUGAGGAGGUGGUAGAGGAGGAGGAAGCGGAGUAGGAGGAGGAGGCAACAGGAGGCAAAGAGAAAUGCCCUGCAAUCCUCGGUGGCAAAAGUACAUGCGCCAAACUACUAUUCGCCUCAGGCCCAGCCGCCACUACAUUUGCCCAGUGUGCAGUUAGGGAGAUAUAGCAUCCCUGCCCAUGCUUACUGGUCCACAGAUGGCGUUUCGCAGUGCACACCUGAUUUUGUCCGCCAAUUGGUUGUGCAGGGAAGGGAUGGCUCGCCUGGAAAAGUUGUGGCGGCUUGGAACCAUGUACUGUGGGACAGCCACCACCAUCAGGUUUUUAAAACUGUCCGUCUCCACCACACAGAAUGACAGCAUUUCAAAGGCCAGGAAUUUUGAAAUGCUGGCAUUCAGGGCCAGGGAUCGUGGGUGGCCUCUUUCUCUCCAGUGUUUGGGAGAUGGACAGCUGAACACCUGUGGGGUCUAGGACCUCAUCAUCCUCCACAUCAUCUUCCACCCACUCCUCAACCCUGCCCUCCUUGCCUGUCUGCACACUGCAGAAAGCCACAGUAGUUGGCACCUGUGUUUCAUCAUCAUCAGAGACAUGCUCACAUGUGGACAUAUGAGAGGGUCCUCACAUGUCCACAUCCUGACACAUCUGUUCCACUUCUGGGGCAGGGCUAGGUGGAUCGCCAAUGGAAACCCCGCCAGCAGAGUCAUCAAAAAGCAUAAGAGACUGCUGCAUGACUUGUGGCUCAGACUGCUUGGCUGAUUUGCAAGGGGGUGAGGUGAAUGACCACCAUAAAAAAUGAAUCCUAGAGACGCCACUGAAGAGCUUGUUCCUGUUCCUGCUUCAGAGAGUGAAGCAGGAACAGGAACAAGAUCUUACAAGAGCUUAGUGAUUAUUAAAGGGAGUAUGAAGAGCAUAGCAAUCCCUGUAGUGAUUAUAGCUGCCCCCCCCCAAACACGAGAUGAGGCUGCGAGUUGAGGGUCAAGUAGAACUGAAGGUUUAAUGGGACAGCUGCUUCUUUUCUAUAGUAUUUCUACACAAGGUUACCACCCACGUGGAACUUGUGGAGCACAGGACAUGAAAUGCACAAUCCAAUAGAAACAGAGUUUUACGUUUGAACACUCCCAGUUACUGUACACAAACCCUUCCCUCUGCCUGUGAUACAAUUAACAAAGACAAUGGACUAACUCAAUUAACUUUAGCAGAAAAAAACAUACAUUUUUACAAACCCCCAAAAGUACCCCAAAAUACAACAUAUCCCCACAAAAAUCACAUCUCCUGAGAGCCCCGAUUUGGGCGAACAACAGAUCCAAAAAUCACCCGGAUCAGUCUUAUUUUUGCCCCACCGUGCACAUGGUCCCAUGCCCAAAACAGUUCCAUACACUCGAUGGCAAAACACUGCUGGACAAUUUAAGAUGGCCGCCACCACAUGUUUGAAUCUAUUCCAGUUAAACAUCUAAGGGGCAGAAACAGAACUUUUGAACAUGGGUUAUCACAGGGCCCAUAGUCCCAGGGUAGGAGGCGGGCAAGCAGGCCCCUCCAAAAACCAGUGGCGAAGUGUAGUUCAUCACAGCCUCCGUGGGUAUUCAAGGUUACUGAAGAGUAAAUAUGUUACUGUUGUUUUAAAAUUAUCUACUAUGGGGGCGUGUCUGAUUGCUGAGCAACAUGGCUGCAUAAGAAAUUGCUCUGGUGCUGAGCUCCAUAACAAGCACGUAAAACAGGCUGCACGUAAAAAGCUGACAAAUUGAAUUUCUUCACCCAAAAGGGUCCAGCGGCACUUCAGACCUCGCUGCUUGAAAUCCAAGAUGACGACAGAGACUCAGAUGCAAGCGUCUCAACCACCAUGACAGAGCACAUACAUAAAGACCCUGCACACAUUACCAAAGACUUUUUAGCACAAGCCCUCAACGCUCUAUCUAAUAAGCUGAUUACUCCAUGUCAACACACGGCGUAUUAAAAUCGUAAUUUUUAAUGUUUAAUAAACUGGACCUUUUUUGCUAACUUAUCCAGUUUUAUUUUGCUUCAGUUCAUUACGAUUUUAAUACAAAGUAUCUAAGCUUACAGUUCUAUAUACUGUAACGCUUGACAAUCUUAUUUUGUUACUUUUUAUCUUUGUCACUACAAAGUAUAUUAAUUUGAAACAGGUACCAUCUACCCCCCAUUUUGUUGGGGAUUGAGAUACCUGAGUUGCACAUUUCCCUUCAAGGAGUUUAUUUUUAUUUUUAUUUUUAAUUUAAAUUUCUAUUUUUACAUCCAUCCAUUCGGAAGUAUUCAGGGCUUAUAUCUUUCACUUUCAUUAUAAUUUUAUUUCUCCUUUUUUUUUCCUUUUUAUCACGUACUCUAUAUUUUUCACCACUAUACCGUAAAGGUACAGUACACAUUACUUUCUCUCUUCUAUUAUAUAUAUUUACUGGAUCUCUAUUUCUAUUCUAUUUCUGUGCGGACGGUAGGUGGAAGGUUUUGGACUUGCUAGGUGAGCUGCAAGGGGGGAGGUGCCCCCAGUGUACUUCUUUCGGUGGAAUGCGGAAAAAGCCUUUGAUAGGCUCCACUUGCCCUUCCUCCUCACGGUCCAAGGGAGAUUUGGAUUCCUCCCACAGUUCAUAUCACCACUAUACUCACACCCAUUAGCUCAAGAGAUUAAUGGAGGCUUCACAUACCGUAGCUUUACAAUUUCUAAUGGCUCAUAACAGGGUUGCUGCAUUGGAACCCCGGGCUCGGUUAAUCAGAGACAAUCCCAAAAUUCCCGGAAUCAAGGUUAAAGACAAAGAAUAUAAAAUAAUUAUUCUCAGAUGACAUCCUCCUCACACUACAACAACAACAUAUCUCCCUACCUAUUCUACAUGAUCUCAACCAGCACUAUAGUAAAUGUUCGUACUAGAAACUGAAUAUAUCCAAGACACAAGCGAUGGGCAUUAACAUCCCGAAAUACACACUAGACACCCUGAAAGAUGCAUUCGCCUAUGAAUGGUGAACAGAUACACUCAAAUUUCUGGGGGUAGCCCUGAUACCACAGCCCUCAGGCCUCUAUAAGGCAAAUUACCAAGCAUUGCUUAAUGACAUAAAAACACAAAUACAAGGCUGGAAGGGGAAAUUCGUCUCUUGGAUGGGUAGGAUAGCAGAAACCAAAUGCUACUCAUCCCAAUAUUUCAAUAUCUAUUUUGCACUCUUCCAAAUGGACUCCCCACUAUCUGCACGAGGCCCAGGGGCAAAUUGAUUCCUUCAUUUGGAAUAACUCCAAACCCAGAAUUGUGAAAUCUACCAUAUACAAACCGUUCUCACAAGAGGGAAUGUGGUUACCAGAAAUUGCGGGCUAUUACAGGGCAGCAAUAAUUAGCCCUGUACUGUCGGCAAGUGGCCAAAUUAGACCUCUACAGUGGGUUCAUAUUGAAUCAAUUUAUACCAUUUCACUAUCACUGCACUCGCAUGGAUGUCUUGAAAGUUGAGACCAAAACACAAGGACAUACUCCCCACGACCAGGCUCACACUCCAACUGUGGGAUAAAUUCAGAGACAGGCAAACAUUACACAAGGGUACCUCCCUUGCUCUACCACUGGAGGCCUUGCCCUCUCUUAUCCCUGAUUUUAACUACAAGAUAUGGCACAGAAAUGGUAUCACCCACCAAUAUCACAUUUUCCAAGGGCCAAAUCUGAAAUACUUUACCAACAGUCAAACACAAUAUGGGCUGCCCAACACUGCAAACUUUUCUUAUGUGCAACUGUUGUCAUGGUCAAAAAAACAACGGAUGCUAUCCUACGACAUUAUAAAUGCUCUACAGCUGAUGGAUGUAGAAAACAUAUGUUAUAGAAUGCAACCAACCACCAAAUUGAUCUCUCUCAUAUAUGCCAAACACUGCGCCGCACUGGGCCUCCAGAAAUGCACCUUUGUUAGAGCAUGGGAAUGGGAAUUAGACAUUUCCCUUCUAGAGAGUCAAUGGCAAAAAAUACUUAUGGCACACAAAAGCUUAUCAUUGUGCACCUCCCAUACGGAGCUUGCAAGAAAAAUUCUGCACCGAUGGUACCUGGUACCCACACGAUUAAAACACAGCAACCCGGGCCUGUCGGAUACCUGCUGGUGUUGCUUAUCAGACCCAGGGACGAUGACCCAUAUUUGGUGGUCGUGCUCAAACACAACCAAACUCUGGUCAGACAUAGAACAGAUAAUCCACGAAUGAUUGGGAAUGCAUUUACCGAAACGUCCUGAAAUAUACUUACUACAUCUCUUUCCAAAGGGUCUUGCCAAAGACCGCAAAUAUCUUAUUUACUAUUUACUUGCAGUCGCCCUUUCGGCCAUUAGCAGACUAUGGUGAAACCCAGGCCCACCAAUGGUAACCCAAUGUAUCCAAACCCUAGAAUUAAUUAGACGAUAUGAGAUAAUGGCACAAAAACACCUACUUUCGAAGGCAUUUGUGGUGUCAGCUUGGGCGUCGUGGGAGUCAAAUUUCUCUAAAACACACCAAGUAACAACACCAUCAGCAUAAGCAUACAGGAAAAAAACAAAACACCUACACAACUACAAACCUCUCUCGAAUGUCUGCAAUGGAGAGGCACCACAUAUACCUCUCAACUUCCUAUCAAGGUGCAUAGAGCAUUUGCCAUUAAUGCAUUCUCCUGAGACGAUCACAUGAUUCCGACAGCUUUGAUCAUGGUAUUGACCUUUUUAAAUAUAUGUUAUGAGCUAGCUAUAUUAUAUGACUCCGCAAGGAGUGACUCACCUUUCCGUCUCCCCUCCCCACCUACCCCAUGUUUAUAUCUCUACUUACCCCUCACCCUAAUCCCAUGUUAAUGUUGAUUUUCUGCAUAUAAAAAAUGCUGGUAUAUUGUUCGUACAGCAUGGACAAGAGAAAACCAUAGGUUAUGUCUCCUUGAGCACCUUUUGAUGUCUAAUACUACUGUACUGUCGGCAAGUGGCCAAAUUAGACCUCCACAGUGGGUUCAUACUGAAUCAAUCUUUACCAAUGAUUUCACUAUCACUGCACUCGCAUGGAUGUCUAGAAAGUUGAAAGGACAUACUCCCCACGACCAGGCUCACAUUCCAACUAUGGGAUAAAUUCAGAGACAGGCAAACAAUACACAAGCUAUGUCAGAUUCAUGUAUUACCGUACACUGGUAUUGAAAAUUGAAAAUUAAAAAAAAAAUAUAUAUAUAUAUAUCUACUAUGUAUUGUCAGUUUGUGCAAACAAGCAUUAUGUUUUUUUUAUUCUGCUCUCACUGACAUACUUUCUGUUCCGAACUUGCCUGAAAUUUUACUUAUUAUAAAAAGUGCAGUAUGCUGACAUUUUAUGGUAAACCUAUACUAGAGUAUUGCUGUUUACACUUUUGUGAAAUGUCGAAGAAUGCUUGUAUCUUAUGCAAUGCACUACUAAAAUAAAGAAUGCCAAAAUAGUCCAAAGGCAACUUAAUCACCAAAAGCAGAGUCUCUUUUGUCUGAUGAGGGGUAGGAUAAAACAGAAAAUGAAAGUGUAGUGCCUGGAAUGUCUUUUAGGAAAUGUUUAUAACAACAAAAAGGGAAAAACAGAAAGGACUGAUAGUGUGGUAGGUUGAAAACUUCUUGAUACAGUAUGGGAUGGAGUAUGGAUAAAUAACAUUUUGCACUCUCACUUUCAGGGAGCUAAAAUACAGCUCCAACUUGAACGCCUGGGUGGAAUAAUCCCAACUAGUGUGGUGCAGUAUCUUCAGAUAGUCCUUGUAGCAGUAGGUAUCCUCAUUGAAAUAUAAAAAUAUAUAGCUUAGUAUGCUGAGCUAGUAAGCAAGGAUAGGUAUAUAGAUAGGUGUGCACUCACAUAUUAUGGAGCCCAAAUCCUAGCUACAGAAAUAGCCCGUGAAGUGGUAUGAUCCCCACUCUAGGAUAUAGGUGAUGUGGAUUUUCCUCUGUGUAUAUAUAUAUUAAAAUAACAAUAAUAAUAAUAAUAAAAAAAAAAAAAUAUAUAUAUAUAUGUAUAUAUAUAUAUAUAUAUAUAUAUAUAUAUAUAUUCAAGGAGGAAAAUUCACAUCACCUACAUCUUAGAGUGGGGAUCAUACCACUUCACAUGCUGUUUAUGGUGUCAAGAUUUGGGCUCCAUAAUAUGUGAGUUCACACCUUUCGAUAUUCCUACCCUUUCUUACUAGCUCAACAUACUACACUAUAUAUUUUUAUUUGCUUUUUUUAUAUUUCUAUGAGAAUGCCUACUGCUACAAGGACUACCUGAAGAUACUGCACCACACUAUAUCCACAGGCGGGAAUUAUUCCAACCAAGCGUUCAAGUCGGAGCUGUAUGAAAGCUCCAUAAAAGUGUGAGUUCACAAUUUUAUUUAUCCAUACUCUAUUGAGAUGUUUUUAACCUGCUACACUAUCAGUCCUUUUUGUUUUUCCCUUUUUGGGUUAUAUACACUUCCUAAAGGACAUUACAGGUGCUUCACCUUCGUUUUCAGUUAUACAAAAAAUUAUAUCAAUAUACAACAAAAUAUCAAAAUAAAAACAAUUAUAAUAUUUUUUAUAAUAUAAUAAUAUUUUAAAAGUUAAUCUAAAAAUAUUAAAUCAUUUGAAAACUUAUCCAACAAUAUUAAAUUGAUGCCAAUGUAGUAAACAAGCACAUAGAAUAUCUAAUGGAGGUUAAAUCAUGUCCAGGCUGGAUUAAUUAUGUGAUUACCAUUUGUACAUUCAUCAAGAGUUCCUUGAUCAGUGAAGUACCCAUCCACACAUCAAUUGACACAAUAUUAAAUUAUCAAUUUUAGUGUUAAUGUAUGUCUUCAAUUAUAUUUUUAAUCUGCAGUUACCUUUGGAAGCAGUUUCACCACUGAUGAUUCGUUUGUGACGACGCCAUAUUUUCCCAACCCUUAUCCCUGUAGUGCAGAUGCUACUUAUACCAUAAUAGCACCAUCCGGUAAAAAGGUAAUAUAAUAUUAAGGGUACUAAGCUCUUAUACUCCUAUACUUUUUAAUGGGACACUGUAGACAUUAUAACCAUUUCAUCUCAAUAAAUGCUUCCUUUUUGUCCAAGCAGAAGAGAGGGGAUGAGUUGCUGUAGACUCUUGUUUAUUAUUAUUAUUAUAAUGAUAUUUAUAUAGCGCCAUCAAAUUCCGCAGCGCUUUACAAUGGGUGGACGAACAGACAUGUAGUUGUAACCAGACAAGUUGGACACACAGGAACAGAGGGGUUGAUUGCCCUGCUCAAUGAGCUUACAUGCUAGAGGGAGUGGGAUAAAAUGACACAAAAAGGUAAGGAUAGUAUAAGACUAGUGACAGCUGCAGAAGAGGAAUUAGUCAUACGCUUUUAUGAAGAAGUGGGUUUUUAAUGAUUUUUUGAAGGAGUGGAGACUGGGUGAGCAUCUAACGGAGGAGGGAAGCGAGUUCCACAGGAAUGGUGCAGCCCUUGAGAAAUCUUGAAGGUGAGCAUCAGAGGUCGGAGUACGGACAGAAGAUAGACGUAAGUGUUCAGCAGAUCGUAAGGGCCUAGACGGCACAUACUUGUGUAUAACGGAGGAUAGAUAGGUGGGAGCAGCAUUAUAUAGCGAUUUGAAAGCAAGAACCAGAAUUUUAAAUUGAGCUCUAUAUUUUAUAGGAAGCCAAUGUAGGGAAUGACAGAAGAGUGAGUCAUGGGAGGUGCGGGCGGACAGGAAAAAUGUAAAAAUUACAAACUGUUUAACACUAAAUGGAAGGACAGCAAUAGGGUAUCCAGACACUAUAACCACUUCAAUGAGAUGAAGUGGUUAUGGUGCCUACAGUGUCUCUCUAAGCAACACACAUAUAAAAUAAUUUAUUCAAAUACAUUUACUGAUAUACAUUGAUAACAAUAAUAUGGUUAGACAUAUCUAAGCCCAAAUCCUAUAUGUAUCAACAAAUAUCACCCAAAAAAUGAUGUACCAUCAAAAAGCAAGACAAAGUGAAAAACAUACAGUAUUGAUCAAAUGACAAUAAAUAUUCAUAAAGUCCAAAGCUUGUAGGUUAUAAAAGCUCUUAAGUCUUGAAUUGAAAGUGUAACCAUAUUCUGAUCUAUAAAAAAACAUGUUUAAAUGUUCAUGGUGUUUUCUGUAAAAUUAACCUUUAUGACACACAAAAGCACUCACAUUCCAACUUAAUUGUUUUAAAGGAACAUUAUAGCGUUAGGAAUACAAACCUGUAUUCCUAAUGCUACACUGUGCCCUGUCCCUAACAUAUUAGGUCCCCUCCACACCUUUGGAAUUUAAAGGGUUGAAAAAAUGUUUUCACUUAGCUCAGCAAUACCUAAUGUGCACAGAUGUUUAGCACCCCAUUUAAGAAAUAUAGGCUGGAUAAAAGGAAAAUUGACAUGAUCUCUACCAGGCUUAUUUUCUGAGGUGGAGAUAAUAGUGAAGAAGCCAGCUCUGAUCCUGAAUUCUAUUGGGAUUCUAUCAUAAGAGGUGCGGAGCUGGACAAUAGUGGUCUUGUGAGAUGUCUUCUUGGAGCUACAGGACACAUAUGUAGCAAACUCACCCCUUUAAGAGAGUUUGUCAUGAGCUUUUGGAGGGGCUUGCUUGCCCGCCUCCUGCCAUGUGACUAUGGCCCUGGGGGUAUUGCCCUUUAAAGACAGUAAUUGGGCAUGAUGGAUUUUUAUUAUGCUGCUACUGGCCCUUUAAGCACAGUGUAUGGACUUCUAUUAGACUGUGUAUAGAUUGUGUAUAGGAAGGUGUACCCCUCCCCCGUUUCCUGUCCCAUUGUUCUCCAGCGGGCGUUGUCCCAGGCACACUGCCAGACUAUUUGGAACUGGUUUGGCUGGAAAGCCAUGCUUCAGUGGACCUAAAGGAACCUCCACAAAGCUUUAAACCCCCAUAACUCCAGAUCAGAUCUGGGUGAUUUUUGAAUAUGUUAUUCACCCAGAUCAGGGCUAUCAGGGGAUACCACGGGGAUGUACCCUAUGUAUUUGGGGUACAUCUAGAACUUGGGGAAAAUAUGUACAUUUUAACUCUGUUAACAGAUAAGCUGAUGGGAGGAAAUGUGUGGGUUGUACCUUGUACUUUAUUGGUUAAUGUACUAAUUAUUGUGAAUCCCUCCCUUGCUUGGGAGAAAGGUUUAAAAGAAGGUUGUUGGGAAUAAAAGUUCAGUUCUGCUCCUGAUACUGUGUGUCGUCCAGUUAUUGGAAAAGGUGAUGGGAUACUAUUGUUUUGAAUAUUUUUAUUGUUAUCACAACAUAAACGCGGAUAUCAAACAUAUUAUUAAAUCAAGUAGUCACCUACCCAGAGGCGUGUAUAUCGGUACAUGGAAAUAUAUGCAGAUAUUCACCUGCGCAGAGGCGUGUAUAUCAGAUCAUGUGCAUAGUAAUAAACUGUCUUCUGUUUCGUUGCGUGCGUUUUGUAAAGUAUAAACUUAUUGUGCUCUGUUAUAAGCCUACGUUGCAUACGCAGAGGCCUAUUAUGUCAGUAGUGUCAUCAUAACAGAAUACCAAAAUGGCACCAUCAGGUUGUAAAAAACCUAUAUACUGCGUUAAUCUAUAUGACUGCACCCGGGUAGAUCCUAUAAUUAUAUAAAUCCACCAUCAUUAACUGAAGCCUACAGAUGAUCUGAUGGCGGCAUGCGUCAACGAGGUGGCAUGUUAAGAGACUGGCAUUGCGGUCCAUAUCUGUGUAUGUUGACAGGUCUUAACCAUAUAAUUCUGUUAGGGAAGCAGUAAUACAUAACAUUAACCUUAAGCCCAAUGGGGCAAUGUGACCGAACAACCUGGUCGUUUUUAUACUGAAUUAAUAAACGUAGGUACAUCAAUUUCGGCAUGGGUCGCCAUUCUUAACAGCUGAAUAUCCAUUCCGUGUGCGCAUGCUGCGUGGGUUCAGGCCUUAUAUUUAUAUAAUGCAUUAAGUAAAGGACGCAUAGUCAUGUCAUUAUACACUAUAAAUACAUCGACUUCUGCCUGGGCAAUGGCAUGCUAUGCUCAACUUUUGGGUAUCUAUUCUGUGUGUACUGGCUGCAAAAGUUAGGGCCAUAUAAUUACAUGUUGCGUUGAUUAAAGAAAGCAUAAACAUGACACAUUUAUGUUAAGUAUAAAUGACAAAGGUAACAGAGAAACCAGACAUUCAAGAAAUUAGAAUUGGGAGCCAUGUAACAGCGCCUAAUUUAGCCUUAGCAGGUAGGGCAACUGUAUUCUUAUUAGGUUUAAAAAAGGUAUUUAACAUAUGCAAUAAAAAAUAAAUACAGAAAUGAAAAGGCAGGCUUUUUAUAUUGCAUUCAGCCAUUCUGAUAUUGUUAAUGGCAGGCAGUUUGCAGCUGUGAAUUGCCUAGCCUGCGUUUAUGUGCAGCUAAGGGUAACGCUACUUCUUAAUCAUACUUUAUGGGCUUUUAGCUACGCAGUAGUAUAAUAUUUAUUCUCCUGAUUGUGACAGCUGGAUUUGGUCCAGCAGGUUAACGGCCAGUCACUAGCUUAAAGCGAUGUUCGCUUAGAAAGUGACCAACCAAGACGAACUGUAACAAGGCUCAAAGGUACACCUCGCAACGUCUAGUAUAACUAUAGCGAUGUUCGCUUAGAAAGUGACCAACCAAGACCGACUGUAACAAGGCUCAAAGGUACACCUCGCAACGUCUAGUAUAACUAUAGUAACUAUAACAGUAUAUGAGCAGGACUGUUCGUAGUGUCAGUCCGAUAAGGGCCAUCCAUGGCUUGGCCGUGGUGCGUCUCCCGGGACGCCGAGUCUCCGUCCGUCUCCCCUGGGACGGUCCCAGCCCAGCACCUGAGUCCUCCGCGAUGCAGUGGGCACUCGGGGGCCGAAAUGAUCCGCUGGGCCCCCACACCUAAGGUCCGUGGGUCUCCCGCUCCCUGCACCUCCCCAUCACUACCCCAGACCAGUGGAGAUUGUGUCCCAUUGUCUCUCCCGGUGCCGGCCUCACACUUGGGGCCGGUGCACGCCGCUCCCGGCCACCGGUCCGCCGGGAGGGCCACGCAGACCCACCCCACACGGCUCUCAGCUUCAGGGACAUGGCUCUCUGGGGAGCUCCCAGACCCAGAGGCCCGGACACUCACUUUUCCUGCGGGUCGGCAGGCAUCGCCGGGGAUCCAUCAGGGGCCCGGCAGCACCAGGGUCCACCCCGGCCAUCCAGGUCGUCUCCCCUCGGUGAAUUGUCUCCUUUGGUGUCACUGCACUCCUCUUUCAAUUAAGCCUUUGAGGAGAAGCCAUGUCAGUAGUAUGGCGCGGCUGCGUCGAAUCCUUAACCUCCUGAGCUUCUGUGUCAGCUUGAGUCUUCUCUGUCCCUGCCAGGGUGUUUUCACUGUUUAGAGUAUUUCUCCUUGGUGUUGGUGUCCAGUACAGCUGGCUGGCCGUCUCUUUGCCAUUGCCAGUUUAGGUAGUCGGCAUGGUGUCCACGCCAUGAUUGGUUAUGUUGCCUUUGAGACACCGUAUGGUAGCCCAGAAUGAGAAUUACCCCCAUGAUGGCAUACCAUUUGCAAAAGUAGACAACCCGGGCGGGGUCGGGCCGCUAAGCGGAGCGGCAGCACACCAAACCAGCUCCAGCUAUACACCGCUAAAAAACCCACUUACACAGCCUAAAAAUCAGCCAGAAACCAGGAAUAAACUGGGAGCCGAGGGGAGACACAUCCUGGAGCGGAGCGGUGGAACUUUUGACCCGCCAAGGGCAAGCAAUGUGCAAGGCCACGAGGCCCUCGACUAAAGGAGCACACGAGGCCCACACCAUGCAUUGACAGAGAGGGAAAGACUUCGGAAGCUGGGGGAGGGGGCCCACCUGGUGGGAGGCCCCAGCGCACCUGGGACCAAGAAAGCUGACAGGUGACAUAAAUCUGCACAACCCCACGGAGCACUUCACAUACAUGUGGCGGAAAAUUAUGCUGGGACGCCCUGGCGCCCGACAUGUGGCGGGACUUCACCGGGCAGCAGACCGGUCAGCACGGAGCAAGCCCAGACUCCCGCAUUUGGUGGUGGUCCGAGAGAAGAAGCCCCCGAGUCUGUGAUCCCUGUGGAGCUGAGAAGUGAGGACUGGUGGCCGGGGGGAUGCGCUGGCAUCAAGUAUGAGACCGGAAGCGGGUGAGGCAAGAUGGAGCUGCAGCUCUGGCUGGGCCCUGCUGGGACUGGGGAGGUGCAGGAGACUGGUGCCACGUGGACCUACUGGCUGGACUGCCAGAGUCUCGGAGUGCCCACAGCACAGUAGGGCUCCACGCCGACAUGGGGGCCUGCCUUGGGGGGGGUAAGAGGGAGGUAAGAGGGGAGUAAGAGGGGGCCCACCUGGCUGGGGGAACUAGGGUGACUCAAAGGAACGCAACAAGACACACAUUGUACGUAAGGCUACCAGCAGACCUUAUAACUGCUGAUCCGUGGGGCUUCAAAUGUGCGCAGAUCGCAAACUACCACGUUCCCGCAACAUAUUACACACACUAGGAAUACGUUCAAGAGCCAAACAUGGGAAAUAUAUGUGUAGACGCACCAGUCCAGACAGGUAGAAUCCAAACUUACUUACAUCAAACGAAUAGCUGCCCAGCUUACAACACACACACGUGCCAGAUUAGAGCAUACGCGACCAUCUUAUAUACAUUUCUGGACGAGCCAGCUCAAACACACAUACACCGCUAUCAAUUAUAAUCAGCCUAAAUUAUAUCUUUUGCCCUGCGCAAGCUUGAUGAUCACCUUAUUAAAUAUAGCUAUACAUACUGGACACCAACGCCUGCACACUGCAUUACCAAGCUUAUUUAGUGUGCCUUCUCAGCAGACCAACAACAUUAAAUACCAGACCGCAUGACCAUUUGUUUAAAAGCAACCAGAAAUAAGUUGUGACGCACAACUAUGCAAUGGUCUAAAAUGCAUAACGAAGGUACACUAUUCAGUUAAUAGUUUAAUAGUUUAUAAUCUCUCCCUUUAGUAUACUAGCUUAUUAGAGCAUGUUCUUGAUUGUGAUGUCCAACUCCGCAAAGCUUAUGUAAACUUAAUAUUUGUGAAUACUCGCCUGCAAUGACUCAUACGCCUCUGCGCAGGCAACUACAUGAUAUUCAGAUAAAUCCGCAAUAUGUUUGCUCCAUGUUAACUUUAAUACGCACGCCUCUGCAUAGGCGGCUAACCGCUUUAACCGUAUUAUACUUAAAACCCAUGUUUACUGUGUUAACAAUAAAAAUAUUUCAAACAAAAGUAGACAACCCAUGGGAUUGCAAAUGGGAUAUGUCCAGUCUCUUUUUGUAGCCACUUAGUCACAAACACUGGCCAAAAUUAGCAUUCAAUUUAGUUUUUUGCAUUUUUCACAGACAACAAAUAUGAACGCUAACUUUGGCAAGUGCUUGUGACUAAGUGGCUACUAAACUGACUGAACAUACCCCAUUUGUAAUACCUUGGGUUGUCUACUUUUGCGAAUGGUAUGCCAUCAUAGGGGUAAUUUUUAUUUUAGGGAUACCAUUUGAUCUCAAAGGUAACAUAAACAAUCUGGCAAAUUUCUCUUGCUGCCCCACUUAACUUGUGUCUCUGACUGCAUCACUAUCCACUUCGUUAAACUUAAAACAGAACUUCUGGUCUCUCCUCCAUCAAGUAUUGCUACUUCCGUUUCUGUCUCCUCCACAUUAACAGGGCCACCAUAAGCUCCACCUCGCAGGCUCCCUGCCUAGGUGUUUUCUUUCUUUGACUCCAACCUCUCCCUCGCCCCUCAUGUCCUUUUGAAUGACAAAUCAUGUCAUUUUCAUCUAAAAAACACAGCGCGUAUCUGCCUCUGUUUAACGCCAGAUGCGGCUACGGGCCCUUGACCCCUGUGCAUCCAACUUGUCUGGUUACAAUUACAUGUUUGUUAGUCCACCCAAUGUACAGUUCUGAAAAAUUUUACCACAUGACAGAAGGCUUUAUAUUUUGCUUCUCUUUCUUUAUUAACUCCAUAUAGCAGCAAAGACAAGUAAAGAGAAAACUGAGAACCAAUCAAAUACAAGCAAUAGUUUUAUUUAUUGUGUCUAACUGAAGCACUUCCUCUUUCUUUGCUGCUUCAUCACAACUUAAGUACAGAGUUUUGGUUUUCCCCUCUAUCUUUGUUCAUUUACUUAUUACCGUACUUUCCUUCUUGUAUGUACUGCUUCUUGUAUUUUAUAUAUCACUUUCUGGGGUACAUAUCCCCUGGGUGACCCCCUUUUUCUGACUUUCCUAAUCUUGGGUUUAUUUCUCUUCCCCAUUCUAUUGUCUCUCUCUUUUUGGAUCCCUGAGGGGUCCCAUCCUCUCCCUUCAGUUUUUCUUCACCCUUUCUGGGGCCCCGGUUUUCCCCACCUCAACCGACUGGCUCACUCUCGCCACUCGCAGCAAUUUCUCACACGCACGCUGGUGCCUUUUGGAACAUUCCCUUAAAUGUUGCCUUUGCGUGUGCAAAACAAACACUUGCAUGUUAGGUACGUUGUCUGUGAUCAAACAUCUGGUUUAGAGGACACACUUUCGCUAGUCGAACAAGUAUGUUUGGGAGUUUUCCCCGUUUGCACUGUUUCUUUUGCAAAUCCUCCCGAACGAUUAGGAGGUACCUGACUUCCCGCGGCUUGCCAUGGGCAUUUUGGAUUCACAGUUUGCACAGUACUUCUGUGGAUCAGCUUUGUUCUGUUGCAGCAUUUGCCUUAUACUUCUAGUGCUCCUUCAACACAGUGUGGGACCAGGUUUCAGGUCAGUGCUCUGCACUUGGGAUUUGGUCAAUCCAGUGCGUUUAUUCCUUAUUCUGUCUGCGGUGAGCCCUCUCUCUGUGCAGUCGAACAGGCCUGUAUAUGCAGAAUUCUGACCUCAUGGGUGAGCCCCAGUGAUUAUGCAUUGCCUUCUCCAUCUGUCCUAUCUGUCAGACGUGACUGUUACUCAGGCUUACCUAACACUUGCUUAUAUACCACCCCCUGGUCCCUAGGCCUCUGUUACCCUCAGUGCCAAUUCAUCCUGCCAUCACGCUUACAGUCCUUGGGUGAGCCCCAUAUUACACCCAUGUAAUCAAUGGAAGAGAAACAGACUCCAUUCGUCCUACAGGCCAUGAUUGCCACAGCAGUGGGCUUCUAUGGAGAAGGCCUUUUCUAGAACCUUUUCCCCUGAGUAUACACAACAGUGCUUCUUGGGUAAUACCAAUGAGAUGCCAUGCAGCACUAUUUCUCAUAGACUAAAAACUGGUGGAAUUGGGGAACAAGGAACUUUGACCCCUGGGGCAAAUUAUUUGGUAAGGCCUUCCUAUAGGAGCUCAAUAAGCGGGUAUCUUUUCCUCACUUAUUACCAAUAAUAACUGUUCAAAUCGCAGGCUGUAUUUCAAUUUUUUUCCAGAAUUGGACAGACCUCUCUACGAACGCCUGGGUUCUACAAACCCUUCGGGGCUACCGAAUAGAGUUCAAGGGUAUGGCGGUCCAACUUCUGAGGGACCUGCGCACAUGAGUGGAUUUUUCAGCAACAUCUGCCUUGUCAAGAAAAAGAAUGGAGAAUUCAGUCCACUCAUCAAUCUACAACAAUUUAACGCCCACAUCAUCUAAGACACUUCAGACUUCAGGACGAUUUCACCUGUCUAGACUUGAAAGAUGCUUACCUGACAAUCUCUAUUCACAAAUUAAGCCGUCCUUAUCUUUGCUUCCUCUUUCAUGAGACCGCAUGGCAAUUCAUCUGCCCUCCAUUCAGUCUCAGCUCGUCUCCCUGGUGUUACACCUUCGGCCCGAGGAGUGUGAUGACAUCCUUUUUUUCGAUCGGGAGAGAUGAACGCUACGGGAUCACACAGUCUACACCAGUGGUAGUCAACCUUUUUCUAUCUACCGCCCACUAAUGCAUCUUUCUUGAUGGAAAAAUUUCCUUACCGCUCACAGGUUUUCACGCAAGUGCAAAAUAUUUUUUAGAAAGGAGGGUGUUUUAAAAAAAAUGUACGUACAUUUAUCUUUUUAUUUCUACUUUAUGCAUGUUUAUAAUGUUUUUAACUUUAAAGUUUAAUGAGAAAGCAAUUAAGUAAAUUGAAAUUACCUUUACUAGUGAUUAAUGAGAUGCUUGAGGUUGAUGCUGCGAGACUAAAUAUUUGAUAUCUGGUUCGAUUUUUGUAAGGAACAAAUGAAGGUCUCCUCUUUCGGUGAUAUUCAGACGAUUUCUCUGUUUGCUCUUAAUAUGAUUUCUCAUCUGUGCAUCAGCUCCCCUCCUCUCCCUCCUCAGUUCCCCUCCCUACCUUUUUUUCUUCUUUUUUUCCAUAUUUUUAACCUUCCUUAUAGCAAUGUCCAGUAGGAAGGCUGAGCUAGGUAGCCCACUUACUAUUAUUAACCAACAACAAUUCUCUCCUUUUCCUUCUUUCUCCUUUUUUAUAAGUACUCUGCGCCUUCUUUCUCCUUUUUACAAAUACUCUACUCCUUCUUUCUUCUAUUCUACAAGUACUCUGCUCACAGACAAACACACACACACAUACACUUACAGACACACACACUCACAGACAAACACACACUCCCAGACACUCACACAUACAUACACUUAAAGACACACACAUACACACAGACAAACAUACACACACUCACACAUGCACUUACAGACACUCACACAUACACUAACAGACAGACACACAUACACUUACAGACACACACACAUACACACACAAACACAUAUACUUACAGACACACAUACACACAUAUACUUACAGACACACAUACAAACAUAUACUUACAGACACACACACAUACUUACAGACACACACAUACACACACACAUAUACUUACAGACACACACACACAUACACUCAAAUUAUUGAUAUUAAAUGUCCACCCAGCCUCCCUACCUGGAGAGCUGGUGUGGAUCUGUACCAGGGUCCAGUGGGGCUUCACUUCGGCGGGUGGGUGUGUGCUAAUCAGAUGCUCCCUCGCUGUGUCUGAUCUUACCACUGCCACACGUCACGCCGGAGGGUCCAGAAGGUGGCCUGGCAGGAGGGAGCGCUUCCUCCUACUAGUCACUGAAAACUUGCUCCCGCAGAGCCGCUUGCUCCCGCCUGCCCAAAAGGAGAAAUCCGCUCAAAAAGAGGAUUUAGCAGCCGAAAUCCCUACCGCCCACCUGGAAUCCUGAAACGCCCACUAGUGGGCGGUAGGGACCAGAUUGACGACCCAUGGACUACACGGUCCAACUACUAGAAUUUGUAGUCAAUCGCGCUAAGUAAGCGCUGGAACCCUCUCGAACAGUUCAGUUUCUAGGAUUCGAAAUAGACUCCAGAUACUGUACACUAAGACUUCCAGCCACAUAGGUGACCUCCAUCUGCAAGGAAAUCCACAAGGUCUUACGCAUGCCGUCCAUAUUUCUUCUCCUGCUCGCAAUGAUAGUAGGGCUCCUAUUCUCCUCCAUCUGGGCGAUAUUUCUAGGCCACCUACACUACCGAGCCAUGCAAUGACUCAGGGUGCUUUUCCUAUGCCAGAACUGUAUUGUUUAAUUCUAUAUGUGCCUUGUAACGUUUACAUGUAUACUACAAUUCAAUUGUUCUGCUUCAUGCUUUCAAUUUUGGGUUUGAUGUGUGUUGGCUUGGACAUUGCUAUGCACAGUUAGUUAUGUUAUGGUUUUUAGAUCGUAAUGUAUUGUUUAUUAAUAAUUUAUAGUUCAGGACAAUCAGGGUAUAUAUUUCAUACAACCCAUUCCAUAGACUAAAAUGUUUUAUACUAUCUUUCAGCAUGAUUGGACAUGCCUAUUGAAUUGGACGUUAACCUUUAUGUUCGUUAUUUGGAUUAUUAACACUAAAGCUAACAUAAUCUUCAAUUGGUCGGCACUAUAUAAAUAAUAAUAAUAUAUCAUGACAUGAAUAUAAAUUAAAUAGGGGUGGGGCGAAUGCCAAAUAAAAGGAAAGUAGAAGUGCAGAGCCAAACAUAGGCAGGAAGGGAGACAGAGGGGUAGAUCUUAUUAUGUAAUAGAAGAUGUGCCACAUAAGGAUAUCUACCCCAGUAAGGCAGGAAUAUUCUCUAUACAAUACUAGGCAGUUUAUACUGUAACUUUGGAGCAGAGGUUGCUCCUGGAUCCUAGUAUAGGUCCCCUUUCCUCCUGUUUGAUCUAAGCAUAGUAGACCUGUGAUAUAUGUACGUGCUUGUGAAGGAAUAGCCCCAUCACUUUCGCCUCCUUUUGUGGAAAUGGAUUCAUGUUUAUUUUUCUUUAGAUUUUUUUAUUUGUUAAGUUCCCAAACAAGGACCAACCCAGAAACCCAUUAGAACGUGGAACGUUGAGUAUCCUGUACGAAAACCACAACAGAACUAAUUAAUAGAAUGCUCCACUGGGCGGCCAUUUCGUGUAAGCAUACGCACAUGGUCAGGACAAUGGAUGGCAGCCAUAUUUUCUCACAAACACAGAUAGGGGACUUGGUCGUCGAGUUCCUGGAACUAUUUUCGGCCAGGCACUCCCACGAACACUGGUCACCAUGGACCGACUGCCCGUUCAUGUUACAGCUACACCUACAAGAAUGGCGUUCGGGAGAUACGUACUACCGAACAAGGGGAGCAUUCUACGCUGAUCUGUUUUCGUAUAACUUAUGUGGUUUUUGUACAAAUCCUCACAAAUGGAGACUGGCUCUUGCCACAACUCCCCUGGAACUAUUUUGGGCUUCAACCUCGUGGCAGACUGGUCAAAACUUCCCCGCGAUGACGAUCUAAAACUACUGAACGGAUCUGGGUGAUUUUUGGAUAUGUUGUUCACCCAGAUCCAGAGAUAUGACUGUUGUGGGGUUUCCAUGUAUUUGGGGGUACUUUUAGGGUGGUUAAGAAUUGUUUGAUUUUUCUGUCCCUGAGAGAUAAUGUAAUUAUUAAUGUGUGUUCUGAUAAUUCUCUCAGGCACAGAUGAUCAUAGAAUGGAUUUCCCUGCAUUUUUGUAUAAGAAACCCCAUGUUUGGGCUUUUGCAUAAAUGGCCAUGUGUGCUCCUGAAUAAAACAGACUUCUCCCAGCAAUAAGUCUUGGCUCAUGUGUGGGGGGUUAUGCAAUACUGGCAACAUUACAUCUUUGGGAUUAUAGGCAUUAUUUUAUUGGGAAAAGGGCAUCUGUGGCAGUGAUAGUUUUGCAGACCACCAUAAUGCUUUUUUGAGGGGUUGAAUGACAUCUUCCCAAUCUGCACAUACACAUCAGACACUGAAAUAAAGAUUAAGCUUCUGUAAGAUUAGUGGAGGUUUAAUAAACAAUGAUCAUUUUACAUUGCCAGCGAAUCUAACCUGUGCUUUUAUGGAGUUAUAACAAUAGACAGAAGACCCACACAGUCCAUCUAUACAUAGGUUGGAAGGUAAGGAGUUCAUGUCAUAUUUUACUCAAAUCAAAGACAAUUUGAGAAAUAUUCUCUUGUAACCUUGAGUUUGUCUUCAUCUUCUAGGUGUCUCUGGAAUUCAUUGUGAUUCAAUUAGUAUAUUGCAAAUUUACUUGCGCAUGCAUCUGUGACUACAUCAUUAUAAUUGAUGGACCCUCCAUAAAUGGCCGAGUUAUGGGCAAAUUCUGUGGGUUUGCUUUACCUCCUCCAAUGGUAUCUACACAAAACGUAGUGAUAAUACUUUUUCACAGUGAUAGCCAAAAAGCUGCAUCUGGAUUCCAAGUAAAAUUUAAAUUUGGUAAGGAAAAGAUAUGUAAUAGCAGCACAGUCUUCAUUACAAUCAAUUAAUCAAUUUAUUUCACGUUUAUAGGAGCUUAUUCACUAUGGGUAUUUUAUAAAAUGUCUUUUUACAUGUAUCUACAAGUAUAUUGUUUUUAUUUUUUCAAUAUUGGUGUGGUGAUAAAAUAACUCUAUACUUUAAUCUAUGCAGUGAAUACAAUUCUCCCCAAGGAAGAAUUAUUGGCAAAUUAGCAGAACAAUCAGACAUUUAUGCUAUUCAACAAUGUGGAGAUUUUGCAGUUAAUGCCCCUUAAAGGGCUGAAGUAGGUCCGAAUUAAAGCCAAACCAAAUACCACCAGACAGCUGAAAUUAAGAUCUGAAUGCUUUAAAUUCAGGCCCAGAUGUGACUAGUGACUGGGUAAAUAACAGGCAGGUACAACGUCCCCUUCCAGCCCCCAUCCAUGGGCAUCAGAUGAGUGACUUUAAAAUAAACAAUGGCAGGUAGACAGAUAAUUGUUUGUGGGUGGGAGCUCUAAAAUAUAAUAUUAAAGGACCUAGUGUCUACCCCUGCUCCCCAAAGAUUGGAGGCACGUAGAGAUCCUAAUAAUGAUAUUAAAGAGCAAGGAUCUAAUGUUUUCCCCAGACCCCACCUAUUGAUGGCAGAUGGGGGCCCUAAUAAUAAUAUUAAGAGGAGAGGAUCUAGUUUCCCCCAAGCUUCCACCCAUGGGUGGCGGUAGACGGCUAUAAAUAAGAACGGAAAGGGAGGGUGGAAAAUACCAUUUGGUUAGAGACUUUUUUUCCAUUUUUAAAUGUUUUUGACACAGUUUGCAAUUAAGGAAGCUAACUUCCCUUGAUUUUUAUGACAUCUGUAUAAGACCUGGGUAAUUCAUUUUUUGAUAAGGAUAGUAAAAACCAUGUACUAAACAUUGAUCUUUCUGCAGCUUAGUAGAUAACUCCCUAAUUUUCUGUUCUUAAGUAGGAUUAUAAUAUUAUAACAAAUAAGGGAGCUAUCUGCUAAACAGUGUCCUAAUUUGGUAUCCUUAAAUAUGGCAACCCCACAAGAGGGUACUAAUUUAGGAACUUAUCUGCUAAACUGCCGAAAGAUCAACAUUUGUAAUUCUGUGACUUUCCCCUUUGCAUUUUGGUUUGCCCCAAUCAAUAUUUUCCAAGUUUCGAAUGGACUGAACUUAAAAAAUAAACAAAUUGAAACAAAACAAUUUUUUCCCCAUGUACACAUCUUUAGUUUUUAUAUUGUUCAUUUCAUUAUGUGGAUCAGCCUUGUAAUGCAUGGUGAUGUCAUCUGUGCAUUACCCUCUGAAAUGCAUAGGUUAACAGACAUUGCAGUACUGGGAUUCUGGUCUUUGAUCAGACUGAGAUUAUAGGGUAUUAUGAUUUUGGGCACAAACUAGUAUCUGCAGUUGCCACCAUUUUAAUUCAGCCCUCCCACAACAAUUAUAUAGCAGGAAUGGAGCUAAAAACAAGGAAAAAGUGUGACUAUAUCUCCAGUUACUUUGCAACAUACCGUUAUUGGUAGAUAGCUGAAUUCGAAUGGUGGUAGCUGGAAAUAGCCGUUAGGACUGUAAAUAUAACCAGUCUUGAACAGACCUGGACAUGUAUGUCAUAGUGCAGCCCAAAGAUUAAAGAAACUCUAUUCUUAAACCUAGCAUAAACAUGUAAUAUAAAACAUACAUAAUGGUUAAAGCAUAUAGAGACAAUGACUAAACUUCACAGUUCUGGAAACAUUUGGCCUAAUUAUUUAUUGUAAUUUCUCAAAAACUUUGAAAUGGUACUACUAUAGCUCAUGAUGUUGAUAUUGUAGAAGCAAUAUUUAUAUCAGGCCUCUAUUGUGUUCCAGAAUGUUUCUAAACUGGUAGACGCCAUAAGAUCUCCUUAAGAACUGCAUUUCCCAUGAUGCUUUGCCAGCUUUAGAUCAUUUACAUUUUACCUUUUGGCUAUCCCAGCUCUUUCUUUUAACACAAUUCCUCAUCUAAUUUAUUGUUCUUUCUUGUAGUGAACUGAUUUAGAAGAUUUCUGGAGACCAAGCUGGAAAAGUGAAAAUUCAAAUACCCAUCUAAUUGUUUUUUAGAAAUAUGGAGAUAAAUG